AUGGUUUCUAUAUUUCAAGUUUUCAGCUUCUUAUUAUCAUUAAUCUUUGCCGCUCCAAUCACUAAUUUCAAUCAAUAUUCUCCUGUAUUCAGUUUGAUUGCCUUUCAUAAUGGGUCCACAUUCACUUAUAAUUUGGUUUACUUUGAUGGGAUUGAUUUGAAAUUACGUUCUGAUAAUGCGUUAUUCUUGGGUAGAAUCAAUAGUGGAGAAGAUUGGGUUUUAAAUAUUCCUCAGGCUACUCAACCUCCUCCUUCUAGUGUUAAUGUCUUAGUGGAAGAUGAUGGGAAAUUAUCCAGUACAUAUAAUACUUCUGAAGAAGCUACUUCAGGGUUUGCUAUUGCUAAUUCAUUAUUAACAUUUGAAAAUUCAACUGAAUUCAUUGCUUGUUCAAAUGAAAGUUAUCUUGGAGAUUAUGAUAUUUAUAUUGCUGAUUCAAUUUGUCCUAAUAAUAGUUCGGGGUUUGAUAUUGUAUUAAUGGUUCAACUUGAUUCAACAGUUAAUUUUAAUCUUGAAUCGAAGUAA